AUGACGAAAAAUGCGAAAAACGGCAAUGGGUACCUGAUCUUCCGAACCAUAAAACUAGUUGAGCGUCAAGAUCGCAAUAAUCCAAUCAAAAUGGUCGACCAUUCGGACGCAACUAGCAGAGAAUGGAACGAAUUACCGCAAGAGGAACAACUGAUAUACUUACAAAUCCACGAAAUAUUGAGUGGAAAGUAUAAAGUGGAUUUUAAUGAUCUACGUCUUUUGGUAUUUCAUUAUGAUCCAGCUUUAAAAUUGAAUGACAAAGUCCUAGAGAAUGAUGAAGAUAACUUCAGACUCUACCCGCAGUAUAAAAAGUGGUACGAUCUUAUAAAAGGCAAGGGCUCCGGUUCCACGACACCCGAAGAGCCGCCGCCGCCGCCAAAAAAUAAUUUUUAUGAAAGCAUAGAAGCAACGAAUGAGGACUAUUUCUACGCCUAUUCACCUGCACCCGAAGAGAUAGAUUAUGAUCACGAUCGUUUAUUGAAUAGUUAUUGCAAUUCUCAUGAGUAUCUGUUAAAUCAAUGCUAUUACAAUUUUCAUGAGUACAUGUUAAAUCAAUAUUAUUACAAUUUUCACGGUAGUCAAUGUUAA